AUGAAGACUUUCACCGUUGCUUCCAUUGCUGCUUCGCUCGCUGCAGUCUCUGCCCAAGGCGUGACCGCCAUCAUCUCAGCACCAGGUUCAGCACCCAGUGCAUGCACAGUCUCUAAGGCAGGUGUCUUUGGCAUCCAAGUCAUUGCUCCCUCGGGUACUACAAUGGCCAAGCGUCAGGUCACACAGAUCGCCGACGGUCAGGUACAGGCCGGACGGGGUCCAGCAAUCGCUCGACCAGUCACUCAGAUUGGUGAUGGUCAGAUUCAAGCGCCACAGGGUGCAGCUUCUGCCCCUGCAGCUCGACCAGUCACACAGAUCGGAGAUGGUCAGAUUCAGGCUCCCAAGGGUGCAGCUCCUGCCCCAGCAGCCCAACCAGUCACUCAGAUUGGAGACGGACAAAUUCAGGCUCCCACAGGUAACGCACCCCGCGUCGUUACCGUGACUGUGACUCGCGACAACUGUGUUGCUAGCCCCAUCACUCAGAUUGCCGAUGGUCAGAUCCAGGCACCUAUGGCACGACCCAUCACCCAAAUCGGUGAUGGUCAGAUCCAGGCUCCUACGGGCCGCGCACCCGCAGGCAACCCCGUCACGCAGAUUGGCGACGGUCAGAUUCAGGCUCCUACUGGCCGACCAGUGACUCAGAUUGGUGAUGGUCAGAUCCAGGCCCCUACUGGCAGGCCUGUGACACAGAUUGGCGAUGGACAGAUUCAGGCUCCUAAGAGCGGCAUGGUCACUGCCGUCCGUCCACCUGCCGCAGCUGCUACCAACGGCAAGUACGCUGUGCUCUCUGGUGCUGCUCAGGCUUGCGGAUCCAGUGAUCCUCUUCAAAUCACCCUCGUCAACGGUGUCCUCCGUGACAACCAGAAUCGUAUUGGUUACAUUGCUGCCAACUCGCAGUUUCAAUUCGAUGGUCCUCCUCAGACAGGCGCCAUCUACACUGCAGGAUGGUCUGUUUGCGCCAACAACACCCUUGCCCUGGGUGGUUCGACUGAGUUCUACAGGUGUCUCUCUGGUUCGUUCUACAACCUGUACUACAGGAACGUUUUGAACGCAGCUCAGUGUGAGCGCAUUGCCAUUGAGGCUGUGCAGCUCAACAACUGCUAA